ACAAUUCACGAAAGAAAAGUAAAUUACACUACGGGGAAGAUACAUUUAACAUGCAUCCACACAAACAACGAAAUAAUAACAAAUAUAUACUUCAGUCGCUCGAAACCUCAAAUCCCAUGUUCAGGCUCCGGUGCCUGAUAUGGUUGGACCACACACGUCAGUAAUCUAUUUAGCUCAUCAAAUGUUAAACUCAUAAAUUGUUCAACUAAAGAAACAAUAUCAUUAGGAUAUUUAUUUAUUUUUCAAUUAGCCCCGUGCCGUUUAUCACCAUUGCUACAAAAGCGACAGUCGCGCUCUCAUCCCAAAUCAGUCACCCUCUCAACAUUACGUCCUACGUCACGCGAUGGGGAUCCGCUAAACAACUUUUUCAGCCAAUGAGAAAGUAGUCGAGCCUACCUGCCCACGCUCUUUUAACCUUUCAAGUUCACAGUUGUCCAAAGCAAAGAGCCAUGGUUCAAUCCAAGACCUGGGUCCUGGCCCGUCACUUUGAAGGCUUCCCGGAGGACAGCAACUUUGAGCUGAAGCUGGAGCAGCAGCCAGAGCCUAAAGAUGGAGAGGUGCUUCUCGAGGCACUGUUUCUCAGUGUGGAUCCAUACAUGAGACCGUUCAGCCGACUGCGUAUGAAAGAGGGGGGAGUGAUGAUCGGAACUCAAGUGGCCAAGGUGAUCCAGAGCAACAACUCAGCCUUCCCAAUUGGGUGCCAUGUGGUUGGUAGAUGUGGCUGGAGGACACACACUGUGUCUGAUGGGACAGGCCUGACACGCCUUCUGUCUGACUGGCCACAGGACAUCCCAAUGUCCCUAGCGCUGGGGGCCAUCGGCAUGCCUGGGUUAACAGCCCUGUACGGUCUGGAGGAGGUGCUGGGGCUGCAGGCUGGAGACACCCUCCUGGUGAACGCUGCAGCUGGGGCCGUGGGCUCCACUGUGGGCCAGAUCGCUAAGAUCAAGGGCUGCAGGGUGGUGGGCUCCACCGGGUCUGACGCCAAGGUGGCCUUCCUCAAGGAGCUGGGCUUCGAUGAGGCCUUCAACUACAAAACAGUCAGCUCUCUGGAGGAGGCCCUGAAGAGUGCCUCACCUGACGGAUACCACUGCUUCUUUGAGAACGUGGGAGGAUCUUUCUCUAGUGUGGCCAUCCCUCAGAUGAAGGAGUUUGGAAGGAUAGCCUUGUGCGGGGUCAUCUCAACAUACAACGACACCACUCCACAAACAGGCCCCUACCCCCACCUGACCAUGAUCUUUAAGCAGCUGAAGAUGGAGGGCUUUCUGGUGGGCAGGUGGGAGCAUAAGAACCAAGAGGCUCUGAGGAGACUGAUGGCCUGGAAGAGGGAGGGGAAACUGCAGUGUCAUGAGCAUGUCACUGAAGGCUUUGAGAACAUGCCUGCUGCCUUUAUGGGAAUGCUGCAGGGAGAAAACAUUGGAAAAGCCAUUGUUAAAGUUUAGAUGGCUUCAAUGGAUACUCUAUCAUAGGAUUAGAAUUCAAGGAAUAUUCCCAUAGGAAAGCCUAACUAUAACCACGACGUUGCAUUCUGGAAUAAUUUUUCUAUCGUGCAUUCGUAGCACAACCUUAUUAUACAUUCACAUCAUAGUCCGUCCUUGAAUCCAAGUGUUUACUUUGUAUGAAGUAUUAAAGUGUUUUUAUGGC